GGUUAUUUAAGUUCAGCUACCUAGUGGCAAAUGAUUCUUAUUAAAGAUCCAGCUGGAAACAUCAGAGAAAAUCCUUUGUGUCAUAGCUCAUCAAAUCUUCAACCUCAAGCCACAUCAUGUUUGGAAAAACCAUUCUGCUGUUAUCUCUCCAGAUAAGUCUCCUGGGAAUCACUCUUGGUGGAAAUGUUCUGAUUUGGCCAAUGGAAGGUAGUCAUUGGCUAAAUAUUAAGAUUAUUAUAGAUCAGCUGAUUAAAAAACAGCAUAAUGUGACUGUCCUAGUUGCUUCUGGUGCACUUUACAUCGAGCCCACCUCUAACCCAUCUCUGACAUUUGAAAUAUAUAAGGUACCCUUUGGAAAAGAAAGAGUGGAACAAGUGAUCAGGAACUUUAUUCUGGCAUGGAUGGGAAAUAGACCAUCUCCUUCCACCAUUUGGAGAUUCUAUCAGGAGAUCGGCAGAGUCCUCAAGGAUUUCCACAUGCUGUGUAGGGAAAUCUGUGAUGGUGUUCUCAAAAACCAAAAGCUGAUGGAAAAGCUGAAGAAAAGCAAAUUUGAGGUCCUGGUAUCAGAUCCCGUGUUUCCUUGUGGUGAUAUAGUAGCUUUAAAACUUGGAAUUCCAUUUAUGUACUCCUUGAGGUUUUCUCCAGCAUCGACAGUCGAAAAACACUGUGGGAAGACACCAUACCCUCCUUCCUAUGUUCCUGCUGUUUUAUCAGAACUCACCGACCAGAUGUCUUUUACUGACAGAAUAAGAAAUGUCAUCUCCUACCAUCUACAGGACUACAUGUUUGAUACUCUUUGGAAUUCAUGGGAUUCCUACUAUAGUAAAGCUUUGGAUGGUAGCCAUUGGUUAAAUAUUAAGAUCAUUCUAGAAGAGUUGACUCAAAGAAAUCACAAUGUGACCAUACUGGCUUCAUCAGCAACGUUAUUCAUCAACUCCGAUCCUGAUUCUCCUGUGAAUUUUGAGGGGAUACCUGUUUCCUUCAAGAAGAGUAAUAUAGAUUCCUUAAUUGAGCAUAUGAUAAUGCUGUGGAUAGACCACAGACCAACUCCUCUCACACUCUGGACUUUCUACAAAGAACUAGGAAAACUCCUGGAUACUUUUUUUCAAAUUAACAAGCAAAUCUGUGAUGGAGUAUUAAGCAACCCCAAGUUAAUGUCAAGACUUCAGAAAGGUGGUUUUGACGUGUUGGUAGCUGACCCAGUAACAAUCUGUGGGGACCUGGUUGCUGUGAAAUUAGGAAUUCCAUUUAUGUACACAUUGAGGUUCUCUCCAGCCUCAACAGUAGAGAGACACUGUGGGAAAAUCCCCACACCUGCCUCCUAUGUACCUGCAGCCUUGUCAGAGCUCACUGACCAGAUGACCUUUGGUGAAAGGGUUAAAAAUACCAUCUCUUAUCCUCUGCAAGACUAUAUAUUUCAGUCCUAUUGGGGAGAAUGGAAUUUGUACUACAGCAAAGUUCUAGAAACCUUUAAAAAGCCUAGCAUGGGGCAUGGGAAACCUGGGUUUAUAUCCUCCUAG